AUGUAUGCAUCAAGUGUAUGGGCACCGGCCACAGAAAAAAUUACAACGCAAAAACAGUUGAACACAGUGCAGAGAGGUUUUGCCCAAAAAAUCUGCAAGUCCUAUCGCACUGUGUCACUGAACGCAGCCCUUCUACUAGCUGACCUUAUACCGCUGGACCUAAGAAUACAGGAGGCAGCCCAACUGUACGAAGCCAAGAGAGGACGUCCGCAAGACAUUUUGUGUGGCAGAGAGGUAGAAAGGAGAGUCAGUUUUCUCGAUGCCCUGCAUCCCUCAGAGGAGUUUGCCGUGGAGUUUCGGUGCUUAGAGGACAAAGAGUCGGAAAGCGAGGCAAAACAAGCGAUGACCGGACUAAGAAUAUUCACAGAUGGCAGUAAGAUGGAGGGUGGAGUGGGUGCAGCCCUGACGUGCUGGAAGGAUGGAGAGGAAACUUUAAUUAAAAAGUUUCGUCUCGAAUCCUUCUGCACAGUGUACCAGGCGGAGAUGUACGCACUCUACCAGGCGACAAAAGUCGCAAUAAAAACCAAGGAACCAUCUGUGAAUAUCCUUAGCGACUCAAGGUCAGCGUUGGAAACGCUAGGCGGUACCGAAACAUUCCAUCCUCUUGCUUUUGCCGUCAAGAAAAAUUUAUCUCUCUUGAAGGCAAAAGGCAAAGAAAUAAACUUCUUCUGGGUUCGAGCUCAUAUUGGAAUAGAGGGGAACGAGAGAGCUGACGUUUUGGCAAAGGAGGCUGUCGAAAAAUUAAAAACGAGGCCCAAUUACGAUGGUUGUCCUGUGUCAUAUAUUAAAAGAAACAUCAGAAGAGACACCAUCGUGAAGUGGGCCGAACGCUACAAAUCUGGACAUACAGCCUCCGUGACAAAGACCUUUCUGCCGACGGUCGAAGCUGCACACAAAUUUUUAAAGAAAACAACUAUGACGCCUCUCUUGACACAAGUGUUCACAGGACACGGUGGUUUUGCUGAGUACCUACACAGAUUCAAGUGCAAAGAUAGUCCAAGCUGUGUCUGCGACGAAAGGCAGGAAGAAAAUAUAUUGCAUCUUAUAUUUGAUUGCCCGCAGCACAGCCGAAAACGUUUGGACCUCCAAAUAGAAAUAUGCAUGAAUCUGUGUAGGGACUCCAUCCCUGACAUUCUUAACGAAGAUCGACAAACGUUCCUGGACUUCUGCUGUAAAAUAGCAGAGAUUGCAAUAAAUAGAAACAAGACAUGA